AUGGCGUUGACGGGCCAUACGGGCCUUCUCGCCAAGCUGUUCGAGGUCCAGGAGCAGCAGAAGGCCUCCUCUGCAAACCUGGAGCGUCUCCGGGACCAGCACAGAGAAUGGCAGCGCUCCGUGGAAGGGCUCCUCGCUGGCAUCCGCACCCACAUAGAUGAGGCAGCGCUCGCUCCUGCUGCUGCUGUCGCGCCGGCAAACACGCAUGGUCCGCAUGGUGCGCAUGGUCCCACAAGCGUUCAGUUUACCCCAGCCCCUACAUAUGCCUCCGAAGACAGUGACGUGAACCUCACGGACUCCGUAAUGCUGAAUAGUCGGGAGAUCACCAAUCCGGGAUUUGUCAGCCCUGGGCUGGCCAGUCCUUCUGACGACGAGGACAACGUGAAGCAGAGGCGGUCAUUGACAGCACAAUCGUUGCUGCAGCCUCUUUGUCCGCACAGCCUGCACUGGCAUGCUCUUAGAUUCUUAGAUGUUCGCGUCAACAUUCGGCCUCGAAAGUCGGUGGUGCAAGCGCUUCCCACAGGGCCGCUGCGGAAGCUCGUAUCCGAGGUCCUCAGGGAUGCCGAGGCGACGUCCACGGAGAUUUCCCGGAUGGAAGCCCUCCGCCAGAUGGUUGGCCUGGUCGUGAAAUCCAACUUCUUCGAAUUUGUGGCAGGCACACUCAUCCUCCUGAACCUCAUCUUCAUCGGCAUUGAGGCCCAGGUCUCCCUCCAGACGGGCGAAGUCUAUGCGGAGAACUUUUGGCCGGGAGGAGUUGAGCGCAUCUUCCUCGUCCUUUACGCGAUCGAGGCGCUACUGCGGUUCGCCGGCUUCGGCUGUGCGGUAUUCAAAGACUUGUGGUUCUUGAUGGACGUGUCGCUGAUCAUCAUCGGUCUGCUCGCGCUGGAGAUCGUGCCCCGUGCGGCGGGCCCCGGAACAGAUUCUGAGAGCUUCUAUUCCGUCCUCGUGGUGCGUGGCUUUCGCUUGUUUCGCUUGGUACGAGCGCUGCGGAUGCUCCGGCACUUCAGGCUGAUUUGGCGAUUGGUCUAUGGCAUGUUGUCAGCCGGGCAGACUAUAGUCUCCACAACAGUGCUGAUCACUGUGUUCUUGUUCAUUUUCGCCUGCGUGGCGGUGGAGCUUAUUGCCAAAGACGAGAACUUGAGAUCCCUCGAUGAGACGGCUGGCAUUGUUAGAGACAACUUUUUUGGUCUGAACCGUGCAUUGUUAACGUUGAUCCAGUUUGUGACCUUAGACUCCAUUUCAGAGAUCUACUUUCCACUGAUCAUGAACAAACCAUGGUUGUGCUUCUUCUUCAUGCCAAUCCUGGUUUUUCUCUCGGUGGGCCUCAUGAAUCUCGUGACUGCAGCACUAGUGGAGAAUGCGAUGGAGAUGGCGGCCCACGAGGCUGAAGAAGAGCGCCUGAAGCUGAAGAAGAGGGUCCGGAGCGCGCUGCCUUCUUUGAUCGACAUCUUCCAUUCCCUGGACAAGGAUCGAAGCGGCCUCCUGACGCGUGAGGAGGUGGAGAAUGUGCCCCUCAGCGUGCUGCCUCCAAGGGUCUUGGACACGAUCUAUGCAGAUAGCAUGGCCGACAUCUUUGAUUACCUUGAUGUAGACGGCACAAAACAACUGAGCCAGAUUGAGUUCGUGGAGGGCUUGCUCAAUCUUUGCCUGAUGGAUACACCCAUCUCGACACUCCAAUCCCUGAAGCUCUUGCAACUAAUCCGGUCCAUCGUAGGUCAGGUGGAGAAGGAGAUGGCGACCCUCAGGCGGGAAAUGCAGAAGCUGCGGAUGUAUGUAUCGACUGUUGGCCUUUGA